GGCCACCCCCUGGAAAAGCCGGAAGAACACACUCGCGCGAGCUUCCAAAAUCCAGGGCAUUUUUGCAGUGAAUGCCCGGAGGCUCUGGAGGCUGUAGAGGGAUACGUGAGGAAGAAGGGAGGGGACCUGCCCCUCAGGAAAGCAGGAGGAAAUAGAGGGAGAGGGGAGAGAGGCCUUGGUGACUGUGGGCGAAGCCCUAAGCGGCAUGGUCAUUGUGUAAACGGGGGUCUUUGCCGUUCGGGUGAUUUGGGUCUGAGCCGGCGGGGCUGUGGUGGAGCGGAGCCCGAAAUGGUGGCCCGGUCCCUUCUGCUUGGUAGCAUGACGCAUCGUACUCUAUCCUCGAGCCCGGCCCUCUGGGCCUCCAUCCCGUGUCCACGCUCUGAACUGCGCCUGGAUCUGGUUUUAGCUUCGGGACAGUCCUUCCGGUGGAAGGAGCAAAGCCCUGCACACUGGAGUGGCGUGCUGGCGGAUCAAGUGUGGACACUGACUCAAACUGAGGAGCUGCUAUACUGCACUGUGUACCGAGGGGACAAGGGCUGGACUGGCAAACCCACACCUGAGGAACUGGAGACAGUGCACAAGUACUUCCAGCUAGAUGUCAGCCUGGCUCAACUGUACAGCCAUUGGAGUUCCGUGGACUCCCAUUUCCAAAAGAUGGCUCAGAAAUUCCAAGGUGUGCGAUUGCUGAGACUUGACCCCAUCGAAUGCCUUUUCUCAUUUAUCUGUUCUUCCAACAACAACAUUACCCGCAUCACUGGCAUGGUGGAGCGGCUGUGCCAGGCUUUUGGACCUCGGCUCAUUCAGCUUGAUGAUGUCACCUACCAUGGCUUCCCCACCCUGCAAGCCCUGGCUGGUAUGGAGGUGGAAGCUCGCCUCAGGAAGUUGGGUCUGGGGUACCGUGCCCAAUAUGUGAGUGCCAGUGCCCGAGCCAUCCUGGAAGAACAGGGUGGUCUGGCCUGGCUGCAGCAGCUUCGAGAAGCCCCCUAUGAGGAGGCACACAAGGCCCUCUGCACCCUGCCUGGGGUGGGCACCAAGGUGGCUGACUGCAUCUGCCUCAUGGCCCUAGAAAAACCUCAGGCUGUGCCCGUGGACGUCCAUGUGUGGCAGAUAGCCCAACGUGACUACAGCUGGCAUCCUACCACAUCCCGGGCCAAGGGCCCCAGCCCUCAGGCUAACAAGGAACUGGGAAACUUUUUCCGGCGCCUGUGGGGACCUUAUGCUGGCUGGGCCCAAGCAUGUACCUUUCUGCCCACACACUCCCCCUCCCAUAGGUGCUGUUCAGUGCUGACCUGCACCAACCCCACCGUUCCCAGGAGCCACCAGCAAAGCGCAAAAAGGUGUCUAAAGGGCCAGAAGUCUAGGCAAGGAGCACUGGACAAAGGAAUUCCCCAAAACCUUUCCCCUCCGUUCCCUGCUUCUCUCCCCACAUCCUCCUUAGGCUUAUGUUGGGGAGGGCUCUCUGAAACUACCUCAGGUGCCAGGCACACCCCAAAUAAGCAAUCAAUUUGCACAACGGGACAGGGUGGGGGCCAUUCUGGAGAGAGAGCUGUAUGGUUUUAUCUUCUUCCCUUUAUUACAAGAAGGAACAAUAAAAUAGAAACCUUUGUAUGGAAAAUGCAGUGAGGAGUGAGAGGAAGGGGUGGGGAGGGCAGUGGGUAGGGUAACUCCCCAGUUCACUCAGGGAAGGGAGUAGGCUACCCCCAGCCCCUCCCACAAAAGAAACCCUGACUAGAUCCAGGGCCCUAGAGCUGCGGGGGCAUUGUUGGGGACAGUUCCGGGCCUGGCUCCACAUAGCAAUCUCGACAGCAGCAGCCGGCUGACGGCCCUGUGUGGGAGGACAGAAUACAGUUGGCAGUAGGGCACACCCUGCACUCCAGCUGGGCGUCUCUUCGUGGCCCACCCACACCCUUCCAAGCAUCCCUGCUCCUCACCCCCAGCCGUUGGCGUCAGCAGCUCCCCGUGGCUCGCCGUCUGUCCCUGACCCUCCUGGCUGGUGCCCAACUGUAGCUUCCUCAUGUGCCGCACCACAGCCGUGGCAUUGAAAGCUUGCUGUGGAGAAAGGGAAGAAGGGACUUCUGAGAAGGUGGGAGCUUAUAGUCAGGGCCUGGCAGUAGAAUUCUUUCAAUGGUAUUUUUUAUUUGUUUGUUCUUCAUUCAGGGGUUAUUUAGUGACACUUAUAAGUCCCUCCAACCCCAAAACAAGGCUUUUUUUUUUUUUAAACCAUACUGUUAAACCAUAUGGAAAAUGAAUCCAAGGGUGCUCUACCACUGACCUAGAACCUCAGCCCUUUCAGCCCUUUUUUAAACUUUAUUUUGAGGCAGUUUCUCACUAAGUUACCCAGGCUGGUCUCCAACUUGCAAUCCCCAUCUCCUAGGGCACCAGGGUUACAGGUAUGUGCCACCGUGCUCAGCCUCUACAAAGCUUUGUGAAAUUCUGUUCAAUUAUGUGUGCACAUAUAUAUAUAUAGAAUGUAUACAUAAACAUUCUUUGUUUAUGUGUAUACAUAUAAAUAAAACUAUUCAUAUUCAUAUGUAAUAGCAAACACUA